AUAUGAUAACAAAUACACCAAUCCCGAGUUCUUUGGAAACUACAUUUUCACCUACAAGAAUGAGGGCCCACAUGUCAAUCUGCUUGAUGGUAUGGCAGUGAUGCAUGAAUAUGCUAUGGAGAAGAGGGAAUACCCAUUCCCAGACUCGGAAACUGAUUGGCUCAAACUAGACUCGGGCUCAAUCUUCGGCUACGAAGAAAUUGUCCUCGUAGGAAAAGAGUAUGCUCCUUCAACACCCACAGAUACAUAUGUGGAAGAUUUAAUGCAAGUAGUUGGCUACAAUGAGGAAGACUUCCAGAAAUCUGCCCUUCGCCUCAUGUUCAGGGGAUAUGGGUUCGAGAAGAGAGAGUAUGAUUGA